UGUGGGCAGCAUGUGCAACACGAUUGGGGCACUCCUCGCCAAGCAGCUUGCCAUCCAGGUCUUCACAGGGGCGUACAUGGCUGCUGUCGACAUCAUUCACUUCCUGCUGACUCUUUUUCCUGUCUGUGCAUCUGACCCCAGACCCACACCAGCUUCGCCCGGCAGGAGGAAGAGGAGGAGGAGACAGGUGAGGAGCAGCCUCCUUGCACUCGCUCUGCCCUUGUGCACAGGUCCUGGCUGGUAUGUCCUGGUGAUGGCCACCUCAUCCUCCCCCGAGGAGUUCCACGGCGCCCAGAGGAGACUGCUGGGGACGGCACUUCAGGAGAAUAUGGAAGUGCUGGGCUUUGCUCUGGGGAUGCUCGCUGCACUUGUCGCCUUCACGGCCAGGAUCCCUGCGCUGUCUGGAGCGUGCAGAGGGAGGCUGUCUCCAGUGACCCAGCACUGGGCCAGCAUCUCCUCAGCCCUGGCCAGCGUCCUGUAUGCAGCAGCCAUUGUGACUCAUGACCAGCGGCCCGCGUAUUUUAUGAGAGCCAUGCCCUGGCUCCUGCUUUCCCUGGGCUCUGCUGCGCUUGACGUGGCUAUCACCUGUCUGUCCUGCUUGAUGAAAAGCCAGAUGAGCCAGCGGCUGGGCCUUGUGGCUGAGGCAACAGAGACCCCGGCCACUUGGGAGCUGCUGACACAGGCAGAGGAGGAGGAGGAAGAGGAAGAGCGGACAGGAACCGAAGAAGGAAAGGCCCCCAACUGGCUGCCGCUGAACAUGUUCUCGGAGCCCAAGUCGCUCCACGAGGGGGCUGCAGUUGGCCGCUGCCUGGAUCUCACCAUCGAGCAGGUGCAGCAGGCCUCUCCUCCAAGGGUUUCUGGUCCUCCUGCUGUGCCCCUUGAUUCUACGUUGGUAAAUCCUGCUCCCUGUUACGUCCAGGCUGGCCGUGGUGCAGUGCGGCUGCCGGGAGAUGGACAGAUGAGUGCUGCCGACCCCACUCUGCCAGAGCCCCCUGCCUACCCUCCAGUCCAGGUCAUCCACGCCAAGCUCUCCCCCUCCAGCUCCUCAUACGUCUCCUCCAUUAGCUCCGAGCUCGAGUGGGACUUCGGAGACAUGAAUCUUCAGUGGAACAGAAACAGCACCGAGGCACCGAACCUCCAGCCCGGCAGCAGCUCAGUGCUGAACACAGGCUUCGGUUCAACGUGA